AUGCAGGACACAGAUUGUCGCCUUUUGACAUCGAAGAGGUGUGCGUGCCCUGGGUGCUGCCUGGACUGUGCUGCGGAGGCGAUGAAGUUCCCUGGUCCCGUGGAGAACCGGCGGCUGGUGACUCUGCUGGAGGCCGCGCUGCACCGGGAAGCUCGCCUCUGGAAGGUCCCAGUCUACAAGAACGGCUUCAUCCAGGGCACUGACACCUCUUCAGCCCAGCACCAGGAGGUGAUCCGAUGGCUGGGGGAGAUGAGCCGCUCCUUCCGCUUCUGCCCCGAGACCUUCGCUUUGGGCGUGUGUGUCCUGCACCGCAUGCUGUCCACGGUCAAGGCUCAGCCAAAGUACCUGAAGUGCAUCGCCUUCACCUGUCUGAUCCUGGCUGCCAAGAUCAACGAGGAGGAUGAGGUGAUCGGCUGCGUCAAGGACCUGGUGGUGCUGAGCGGCUGCAGCUUCUCCACGGCGGAGAUCCUGCGAAUGGAGCGCAUCAUCCUGGACAAGCUGCACUGGGACCUGUUCACCGCCACCACCGUCGACUUCAUUCACAUCUUCCACGCUCUCCUGGUGUCUGGGCAGCCUUUCCUCAUCCCGUCCAUCGGCCUGGGUUCUGGGGUGCCGCAUCAGAACAGACCCUCUGGCUUCCAGGGGGCGCUGUGGACCAGGCAGGCGCAGCACUGCAUGGCCUGCCACCAGCUCUGGCAGUUCAAGGGCUCCACGUUGGCUUUGGCCAUCAUCACUUUGGAGCUGGAGGCAGUGACGCCCGACUGGUUCUCCAUCUGCAACGACCUGAUGAAGAAGGCACAGGUGGACAGUGCAGAGUUCAUCCACUGCCGGGAGACCGUGGACGAGUACCUCCUCAGUCUGGAGUUCUCCCUCUCCACCAACGCAGUCUACAUCCUGGAGGCGGGCCAGAUCGGCGGCACGCAGCGUCUCCGGGGGCGACGGGAGCGCGGCGGCGGCGGCCAGAGAGACCACGGCAACGACGACGACUACUCCGACGGCUUCCGCUGCCUGUACCGCGAGGAGAUGAUGUCCGAGCCCCACAUGAAAAACGUCUCUCCCUGCCCCCCGCUCCACUCCCCGGUCAACUAA